GUUUUAGGAGGUACAUGCAAUCAUUUCAAGGGAUAGAUGCUAGCUAUGAGGGAGGUGCUGGGGACUCCUCUACAGAGCGCCUUAUCAUGCAGGAGCUUGAGAUGAAGAACGGUUUAGAAGCUAUGUUGGCUGACCAACGAAUCACUGCUGAGAAAUACAAAGCUAACUUUAGCUUUCUAGAGGCCCAGCAUGUUCAACUUCAGUCAGAGACCCACCAACUUAAAGAUGACAUAGCUCAGAAAGACUCGCAGAUGAAAAACUACGGGAAGAAAUACGAGAACCAGAUUUGUCAACUGGAAGCUGAUAGGGACAGGCUGCUGAUGGAUGUAGAAGGGAUGAAAGCCAAGGUGAUGACACCCGCAAAGCUAGAAAAUCUUCGACAGAGUUUGUUGAGAGAUGUUGAACAGAUUUACAAGCAGCAUCUUGCUCAAACAGAGGAUGAAGUUGAAGCUUACAGGAAGGAACUUAACAAACUCAAAUUCGAUCACAACUUCCUGAAGACGGAGUAUGAGAAUUGCCAAAACGAAUUUUCUCAAAAAUUGGAAGACAUCCAUGCCAAGUAUAAAUUAGACAUAGACACCUUACAGAGGAAAUGUGAGUCUUUGAAGAAGUCAUUAGAACAGAAAGGUGUUGCUGCACAGGAAUCCAUAUCUCUGGUAAAAGAGAACACCAAAUUGUCGGCGAAAGUUAAAUCCCUCAUUGCUGAAAAUGAUUCAUACCGGAAACAAAUAACUGAAGAGUGUCGGAAAAGUGACGAGAGAGUUGUGAAAGUGUCGACCCAGCUGUCAGAGCUGCAUGUAAAGCAUGAAAUAGUUAACAAUGAUAACAAGAGUAUGAUUACGCGAAUUGAGAAGCUCCAAGAUAAGUUAGAGCAGGCAAACGAUGACAAAACCAAGCAAAUUCCUCACAUUGCAAAACUCGAAGAUCAAGUUAUGAAGCUUACUUCUGACCUUGAAGAUGCAAACCAGAAGCAUAAAAUGGAAUUGUCGAUGGCAGAAAAUAAUUUCAAGCGACAAUUAAGUGAGGCAAAAAAGGAAGCUGAUGAUGUCCAAGCCAAGCACGCUGAUACUCGUACUCAAACUGAAUUCAUGACGAAAACAAUAGAUCAGUUAAAAACUAAUUUGAGGCAAAAAGAAAAAGAUUUUUCUGAGAAACUGCAAUCGAUUAAAGAUCAGCAAUGGGAUAGUGUCAAUCGAGCAAGUCAAGAAAAAGCAGCUGCUGAAGCAAAGAUAAUCGCUGCUGAAAAGCUUCAUUCGGAUAAGAGUCAUAGUUUGAACAUAGAGCUCGAGAAAAUGAGAAGUAGUAACGAAUCUCUCUCAGCUUCAAUGCAAGCAGCAACCAAAGAAAAGGAUGCUCUGGAAACACAAAUAACCAAACUCAAAUCCUCCAUGGAGUCCAAGGACAAAGAUCUUGCCUACUAUCAAAAGAUUGAAAUGGAAAUGCAAAACCUCGAGUCACGACUAAAAGGCUCAAACUCGCAGUACAAAGAGGAAGUCAUUGAAUGUGAUAAACUAAAAGCUCAAAACAAGUUAGCCACUGACGAGAUAAGCACAUUAAGAAACCAAAUUCAAGACAUGAAGACAGAGUUUGAGAAAGUCUCUCAAACAAAGAAGAUGAGUUACGAAAAGGAAACUGAAGUUAUAAGUGACAAAUACCAGUCUUUAAAAAAGAGGAUUAGCAAAGGGGAGAAACGUAGAGAAACAAUCUUAAACCUUGCUAAAAAGCAGAAAAGUCAAUAUCAGAAAGAAAUUGAUGCCUUAAAGGACUCGGUGAUAUGCUGCCAAGCCAGAGAAAAACAAUACGAGCUUGAAAAGGAGUCCAUGCGGAGAAAUCACGAGCUUGAGACGAACAAACUGCGGAGAAAUAUAGAACAAUUCAAAGUGAGAGCAACUGAGUUCGAGAGUUUACUUUACAAUCCAAACGUUGGAAACUCUGGAAAUGCUACCAUGCCUCUACCAGAUUCAUUUUCGACGAUAGCAGCUGCAACGAAAGAGCAGCAGCACGAGCUUGCUGAAAUUAGCAAGAAUUUGAACGAUUUUCAGGAGAAGCAAGCUGAUUUGGAGAAAGUUGUCUAAGCUUGUCGCAUCGAUAUUAAUUUAUAUUUAAUGUUAACUGAAUGAAUUUAUUCUCUAGACAUUAUAACAUGUGACCCAGGACCCUGGGCCAUGUUAAAUGUGUAUAUUUUCGGUUUUUGACACGCCUGGGCAGGAGGACCCACGUAUAUUCUACAAUUUGUAUCCGUAGUUCACAGAGGUUUGUAGGUUUUUUACUUUGUGUUUUUUGGGCAAGUCCCUUUAGUAUAAUGUGUGCUGAUAGCUGGACUGUGAUAUUUCAUUUGUCAAAUUUCACUAUUUUAUUUUAAAUUGGAUAGUAAAUUUCUAUCAGAAGAAUCAGAUUUGGUUGUGUAAAGGUGCAAUGUUCGGGUGUUAAACCAUAUAAACAAUUUUCUGUAUAUGACGCAUUAUAUAUAAUUUCAUAAUUCACUUUGCAUGGUACCAAAACGAAAAAUCAAGCAAAAAAUAACCAUCCUUCAAUUCUUUUUUAACGGGGCAUGCUGUAUCUCACUUCUUACAGAUUAUCAGAUUUCACAAUGUUGAAUAUGUUUGAUACAACCCGAUUGGCAGUUUUUCACAUUUUUACGUCAACAAUUCAUAAAAUAUUUUGGUACUUUGCAAUUCUAAUCUUACACGAAUUUAAGUUGUUUAUCAUAAUAAUAUAUAAUAUACCUUAUCGGCCCUAAUUUCGCUGGCCGAAAUUGGUGCUGGACUUUUAUGCCACCGGCCUUGAUUCAUGCCAAAAUUUAAAAUUACGGUCAAAUUUUAAAUGUCUCUGAUUUCUAUUUUGUUGGUUAUCUUGUGAUUCUAAUCAAAUUUGUCUCAUUGCCCAAAUAACUAGAUCGCAAAAUCUACUUUAAAUAACUGACGAUUUAAGUUCUGAUUACCGCUGGCCUUUAUAAUUACACUAAACCAAAUGCAGAUAUAGGUGGCUAAAACGUGCAGUCAAAUUUGGGUCGAAAAGGUAUGAAAUGAUUUUUAAAUUAUGUAUCAUAUUUAAUUAAGAAAGCAUAUAUCUGUGUAUAUAAAGUAAAAUAUCAGCCAAGUUAAAAUCAAAUAAUUAUAUUUUAUUCUGAAGAUAGUUUAGACUUGUGCUGUUAUUAUAUAACUGUAUCAAUAUACUUGUACAAUUAUUAUUAUCACAACAAUUAA